AUGGUACAACAAAAUAAGCCGAAAUCAGCUAGAAAGCCCACCAAAACAAACCUCAAUGAUAAAGACAUGAACAAAUCCCUUGUACCUACUGAUACUACUCAUGCUGAUGAGCAUGAUAUCCCAGUCCCACCACCACUCAUCUCCUCAUACAAUGAUCAAAUACGCCCUCUCCUCGAUGCAGUCGACAAGCUGCGAACACUCAAAGUCAUGAAGGAAGGCAUCCAACUACCUACAAUCGUCGUUGUAGGUGACCAAUCAUCAGGAAAAUCUAGUGUCUUAGAGUCCUUAGCAGGUAUUAGCCUACCUAGAGGUCAAGGUAUCUGCACUCGAGUCCCACUCAUCAUGCGCCUUCAGCACCAGUCUGACCUGACCCCACAACUCUCCCUUGAGUACAUGGGUAAAGUCUUGCAAACAGAUGAAGCUCAUGUCACUGAAGCAAUAAACUCGGCUACUCAAGAAAUUGCAGGAAAAGCCAAAGGAAUAUGUAGUACUCCAAUAACACUUAUAGUCAGGAAAAAAGGAGUUCCUGACUUGACCAUGGUUGAUCUCCCUGGGAUCACCCGAGUGCCAGUCCGAGGCCAACCAGCAAACAUAUAUGAAAAAAUCAGGGAUAUUAUAAUGGAGUAUAUUACCCCUGAAGAGAGUAUCAUUUUGAAUGUUCUGUCUGCAACAGUGGAUUUUUCGACUUGUGAGUCAAUUAUGAUGUCACAGAAUGUUGAUAAAAUGGGCAGAGGACUCUAG